AUGGGGUCAAUUCGUAGACCUCUUGGAGGGAACAAAGGCCAAAGAAAAGGAAAAGAACAUCAUAAUGACAAUGAGAAACUUAACAGUGAAAGUAUAAGAAAUAGAGAGGUAGAAAUCUUCGAUAUGGAGGAUGGCCAUGGUCCAGAUAAAUCUACAUUAAGAACAUCAGAGACAAAAGAUGGAACUACCGUAAAAGACAGGGAAAAAUUUGUGGAGAAUAAAGCUGGCCCUGUUGAGGGGAUUGACUCUGACCACAUGUCGUCAUCAUGUAGUUCAGAUAUUCAGGCAUCCACUGCAGUAGGUAUCAGUGACAUAUUGGAAGAACAAACCAUCACAGGAUUUUGUGCAGAGACUCUGGAAAACUCUGGAGAUGUUGAAGAAGUGCCAGUAGGGGAAGACAUAGAACCACACUUAGAUAUUCAAACACAAAACAUAACUUUUGACUCAACGACCAAUGAAGGAGAAAGAACAGAAGAGAACAUCCAUGAUGUUAGUGUUCUUGUCAAACCAACUGAAGUCAUUGGAGAUAUUAUUGCAGUGAAGAGCAAUGUGACUAUUGACUCAGAUUUUCAUCAAAAUGAUACUCCCAUUGAUAGAAACCAGGAAGCAUUGAAUGUUGAGAAUGUUUCCACCGUGACUGAUUCUGGUCUUUCCUUGAGAGAUGUUGACACUGUAGGUUCAAGAGAAGCAGACACAGUUCCUGAGAAAACUGAAAUCAACAUCAAUCCUGAAGAUUCUCACAGACUGGAGCUACACUCAAUAUUGAAUCCAGUUGCUCACAAGCGAAAAAUGGGGUCAACUCGUAGACCUCUUGGAGGGAACAAAGACCAAAGAAAAGGAAAAGAACAUCUUGAUGACAAUGAGACACUUAACAGUGAAAGUAUAAGAAAUAAAGAAGUAGAAAUCUUCGAUGUGGAGGAUGAGCCCCGUCCAGAUAAAUCUACAUUAAGAACAUCAGAAACAAAAGAUGGAACUACAGAAAAUGAGAGGGAAAUAUGUGUGGAGAAUAAUACUGGCCCUUUUGAGGGGGUUGACUCUGCUCACAUGCCGUCAUCAUUUAGUUCCGAUUUUCAGGAAUCCACUGCAGUAGGUAUCAGUGACAUAUUGGAAGAACAAACCCUCACAGAAUUUUGUGCAGAGACCCUGGAAAAUGCUGGAGAUGUUGAAGAAGUGCCAGUAGGGGAAGACACAGAACCACACUUAGAAAUUCAUUCACAGAACAUAACUGGUGAAUCAUCAACCAAUGAAGGAGAAAGAACAGAAGAGAACAUUCAUGAUGUUAGUGUUCUUGUCAAAGCAAUUGAAGUUAUUGGAGAUACAAUUACAGUGAAGAGCAAUGUGACUACUCAAUCAGAUUUUCUUCAAAAUGAUACCCCUACUGAUAUAAACCAAGAAGCAUUGAAAGUAUCUAAUGUUUCCACCGUGACUGAUUCUGGUCUAUUCUUGAGAGAUUUUGACACUGUAGAUUCAAGAGAAGCAGACACAGUUCCUGAGAAAACUGAACUCAACAUCAAUCCUGAAGAUUCUCACAGACUGGAGCUACACUCAGUAUUGAAUCCAGUUGCUCACAAGCGAAAAAUGGGGUCAAUUCGUAGACCUCUUGGAGGGAACAAAGGCCAAAGAAAAGGAAAAGAAAAUCAUAAUGACAAUGAGAAACUUAACAGUGAAAGUAUAAGAAAUAGAGAGGUAGAAAUCUUCGAUAUGGAGGAUGGCCAUGGUCCAGAUAAAUCUACAUUAAGAACUUCAGAGACAAAAGAUGGAACUACCGUAAAAGACAGGGAAAAAUUUGUGGAGAAUAAAGCUGGCCCUGUUGAGGGGAUUGACUCUGACCACAUGUCGUCAUCAUGUAGUUCAGAUAUUCAGGCAUCCACUGCAGUAGGUAUCAGUGACAUAUUGGAAGAACAAACCCUCACAGGAUUUUGUGCAGAGACUCUGGAAAACUCUGGAGAUGUUGAAGAAGUGCCAGUAGGGGAAGACAUAGAACCACACUUAGAUAUUCAAACACAGAACAUAACUUUUGACUCAACGACCAAUGAAGGAGAAAGAACAAAAGAGAACAUCCAUGAUGUUAGUGUUCUUGUCAAACCAACUGAAGUCAUUGGAGAUAUUAUUGCAGUGAAGAGCAAUGUGACUAUUGACUCAGAUUUUCAUCAAAAUGAUACUCCCAUUGAUAGAAACCAGGAAGCAUUGAAUGUUGAGAAUGUUUCCACCGUGACUGAUUCUGGUCUUUCCUUGAGAGAUGUUGACACUGUAGGUUCAAGAGAAGCAGACACAGUUCCUGAGAAAACUGAAAUCAACAUCAAUCCUGAAGAUUCUCACAGACUGGAGCUACACUCAAUAUUGAAUCCAGUUGCUCACAAGCGAAAAAUGGGGUCAACUCGUAGACCUCUUGGAGGGAACAAAGACCAAAGAAAAGGAAAAGAACAUCUUGAUGACAAUGAGACACUUAACAGUGAAAGUAUAAGAAAUAAAGAAGUAGAAAUCUUCGAUGUGGAGGAUGAGCCCCGUCCAGAUAAAUCUACAUUAAGAACAUCAGAAACAAAAGAUGGAACUACAGAAAAUGAGAGGGAAAUAUGUGUGGAGAAUAAUACUGGCCCUUUUGAGGGGGUUGACUCUGCUCACAUGCCGUCAUCAUUUAGUUCUGAUUUUCAGGAAUCCACUGCAGUAGGUAUCAGUGACAUAUUGGAAGAACAAACCCUCACAGAAUUUUGUGCAGAGACCCUGGAAAAUGCUGGAGAUGUUGAAGAAGUGCCAGUAGGGGAAGACAUAGAACCACACUUAGAUAUUCGAACACAAAACAUAAAUUUUGACUCAACAACCAAUGAAGGAGAAAGAACAGAAGAGAACAUCCAUGAUGUUAGUGUUCUUGUCAAACCAAUUGAAGUCAUUGGAGAUAUUAUUACAGUGAAGAGCAAUGUGACUACUGACUCAGAUUUUCUUCAAAAUGAUACUCCCAUUGAUAGAAACCAGGAAGCAUUGAAAGUAACUGAAAAUGAAAAUGUUGAGAAUGUUUCAACUGUGACUGAUUCUGGUCUUCUCUUGAGAGAUGUUGACACUGUAGGUUCAAGGGAAGCAGACAUAGUUCCUGAAAAAACUGAAAUCAGCAUCAAUCCUGAAGAUUCUCAUAGACAGGAGCUACACUCAAAACUGAAUCCAGUAGCUCACAAGCAAAAAAUGGGGUCAACUCGUAGACCUCUUGGAGGGAACAAAGGCCAAAGAAAAGGAAAAGAACAUCAUGAGGGCAAUGUGACACUUUACAGUAAAAGAAAUAAAGAGGUAGAAACCUUCGAUGUGGAGGAUGAGCCCCGUCCAGAUAAAUCUACAUUGAGAACAUCAGAGACAAAAGAUGGAACUACAGAAAAGGAGAAGGAAAUAUGUUUGGAUAAUAAUGCUGGCUCAGUUGAGGGGGUUGACUCUGCUCACAUGCCGUCAUCAUUUAGUUCAGAUUUUCAGGAAUCCACUGCAGUAGGUAUCAGUGACAUAUUGGAAGAACAAACCCUCACAGAAUUUUGUGCAGAGACCCUGGAAAAUGCUGGAGAUUUUGAAGAAGUGCCAGUAGGGGAAGACACAGAACAACACUUAGAAAUUAAAACACAGAACAUAACUGUUGAUUCAUCAACCAAUGAAGUAGGAAGAACAGAAGAGUUCAUUCAUGAUGUUAGUGUUCUUGUCAAAGCAAUUGAAGAUAUUGGAGAUACAAUUACAGUGAAGAGCAAUGUGACUACUCAAUCAGAUUGUCUUCAAAAUGAUACCCCUACUGAUAUAAACCAAGAAGCAAUGAAAGUAUCUGAAAAUGUUGAGAAUGUUUCCACCGUGACUGAUUCUGGUCUUUCCUUGAGAGAUGUUGACACUGUAGGUUCAAGAGAAGCAGACACAGUUCCUGAGAAAACUGAAAUCAACAUCAAUCCUGAAGAUUCUCACAGACUGGAGCUACACUCAAUAUUGAAUCCAGUUGCUCACAAGCGAAAAAUGGGGUCAACUCGUAGACCUCUUGGAGGGAACAAAGACCAAAGAAAAGGAAAAGAACAUCUUGAUGACAAUGAGACACUUAACAGUGAAAGUAUAAGAAAUAAAGAAGUAGAAAUCUUCGAUGUGGAGGAUGAGCACGGUCCAGAUAAAUCUACAUUAAGAACAUCAGAAACAAAAGAUGGAACUAUAGAAAAUGAGAGGGAAAUAUGUGUGGAGAAUAAUACUGGCCCUUUUGAGGGGGUUGACUCUGCUCACAUGCCGUCAUCAUUUAGUUCCGAUUUUCAGGAAUCCACUGCAGUAGGUAUCAGUGACAUAUUGGAAGAACAAACCCUCACAGAAUUUUGUGCAGAGACCCUGGAAAAUGCUGGAGAUGUUGAAGAAGUGCCAGUAGGGGAAGACACAGACCCACACUUAGAAAUUCAAUCACAGAACAUAACUGGUGAAUCAUCAACCAAUGAAGGAGAAAGAACAGAAGAGAACAUUCAUGAUGUUAGUGUUCUUGUCAAAGCAUCUGAAGUCAUUGGAGAUAAUAUUGCAGUGAAGAGCAAUGUGACUACUCAAUCAGAUUUUCUUCAAAAUGAUACUCCCUUUGAUAGAAACCAGGAAGCACUGAAAGUAUCUGAAAAUGAAAAUGUUGAGAAUGUUUCUACUGUGACUGAUUCUGGUCUUCUCUUGAGAGAUGUUGACACUGUAGGUUCAAGAGAAGCAGACAUAGUUCCUGAAAAAUCUGAAAUCAACAUCAAUCCUGAAGAUUCUCACAGACUGGAGCUACACUCAGUAUUGAAUCCAGUUGCUCAAAAGCGAAAAAUGGGGUCAACUCGUAGACCUCUUGGAGGGAACAAAGGCCAAAGAAAAGGAAAAGAACAUCAUGAUGACAAUGAGACACUUAACAGUGAAAGUAUAAGAAAUAGAGAGGUAGAAAUCUUCGAUAUGGAGUAUGGGCAUGGUCCAGAUAAAUCUACAUUAAGAACAUCAGAGACAAAUGAUGGAACUACCAAAAAAGAGAGGGAAAAAUGUGUGGAGAAUAAAGCUGGCCCUGUUGAGGGGAUUGACUCUGCUCACAUGUCGUCAUCAUGUAGUUCAGAUUUUCAGGCAUCCACUGCAGUAGGUAUCAGUGACAUAUUGGAAGAACAAACCCUCACAGAAUUUUGUGCAGAGACCCUGGAAAAUGCUGGAGAUGUUGAAGAAGUGCCAGUAGGGGAAGACACAGACCCACACUUAGAAAUUCAAUCACAGAACAUAACUGGUGAAUCAUCAACCAAUGAAGGAGAAAGAACAGAAGAGAACAUUCAUGAUGUUAGUGUUCUUGUCAAAGCAUCUGAAGUCAUUGGAGAUAAUAUUGCAGUGAAGAGCAAUGUGACUACUCAAUCAGAUUUUCUUCAAAAUGAUACUCCCUUUGAUAGAAACCAGGAAGCACUGAAAGUAUCUGAAAAUGAAAAUGUUGAGAAUGUUUCUACUGUGACUGAUUCUGGUCUUCUCUUGAGAGAUGUUGACACUGUAGGUUCAAGAGAAGCAGACAUAGUUCCUGAAAAAUCUGAAAUCAACAUCAAUCCUGAAGAUUCUCACAGACUGGAGCUACACUCAGUAUUGAAUCCAGUUGCUCAAAAGCGAAAAAUGGGGUCAACUCGUAGACCUCUUGGAGGGAACAAAGGCCAAAGAAAAGGAAAAGAACAUCAUGAUGACAAUGAGACACUUAACAGUGAAAGUAUAAGAAAUAGAGAGGUAGAAAUCUUCGAUAUGGAGUAUGGGCAUGGUCCAGAUAAAUCUACAUUAAGAACAUCAGAGACAAAUGAUGGAACUACCAAAAAAGAGAGGGAAAAAUGUGUGGAGAAUAAAGCUGGCCCUGUUGAGGGGAUUGACUCUGCUCACAUGUCGUCAUCAUGUAGUUCAGAUUUUCAGGCAUCCACUGCAGUAGGUAUCAGUGACAUAUUGGAUGAACAAACCCUCACAGAAUUUUGUGCAGAGACUCUGGAAAAUGCUGGAGAUGUUGAAGAAGUGCCAGUAGUGGAAGGCACAGAACCACAAAUAGAAACUCAAACACAGAACAUAACUUUUGACUCAACAACCAAUGAAGAAGAAAGAACAGAAGAGAACAUCCAUGAUGUUAGUGUUCUUGUCAAACCAAUUGAAGUCAUUGGAGAUAUUAUUACAGUGAAGAGCAAUGUGACUACUGACUCAGAUUUUCUUCAAAAUGAUACUCCAAUUGAUAGAAACCAGGAAGCACUGAAAGUAUCUGAAAAUGAAAAUGUUGAGAAUGUUUCUACUGUGACUGAUUCUGGUCUUCUCUUGAGAGAUGUUGACACUGUAGGUUCAAGAGAAGCAGACAUAGUUCCUGAAAAAACUGAAAUCAACAUCAAUCCUGAAGAUUCUCACAGACUGGAGCUACACUCAAUAUUGAAUCCAGUUGCUCACAAGCGAAAAAUGGGGUCAACUCGUAGACCUCUUGGAGGGAACAAAGGCCAAGGAAAAGGAAAAGAACUUCAUGAGGGCAAUGUGACACUUUACAGUGAAAGAAAUAAAGAGGUAGAAACCUUCGAUAUGGAGGAUGAGCCCCGUCCAGAUAAAUCUACAUUAAGAACAUCAGAAACAAAAGAUGGAACUACAGAAAAGGAGAGGGAAAUAUGUGUGGAUAAUAAUGCUGGCUCUGUUGAGGGGGUUGACUCUGCUCACAUGCCGUCAUCAUUUAGUUCUGAUUUUCAGGAAUCCACUGCAGAAGGUAUCAGUGACAUGUUGGAUGAACAAACCCUCACAGAAUUUUGUGCAGAGACUCAUGGAAAAUGCUGGAGAUGUUGA